UUGCGUCGGCGCAUAAAGUUUGCUUUAUCUUUCAGCCCAGCAAGAAAGUUUUUUUUCCAGCUUUUCACAUAAAUUGCCACGCAAAAUAUGUUAAAAUCAGAGGUGCAGCAUCAAUACUGGAUUACCAAAAAGGUAGUGCAGCGCAAGCUGGGCAGCAAGGAGGACAAGCACAUCAUAUCCUCCGAUGCUGAACUGGAUGCUAAAAUUGAAAUCUUCAAAUCAAUAAGCGACACAAGUGCUGAGCUCUGCAAAAUCAUUGACCAAUACCAGGAGCGUCUAUGCAUAUUGUCGCAGGAGGAGUGUGUGUUUGGCCGCUUUCUCAAGGAGGCUGGCAAACGCAGCAAAACGACAGGCAGCAGCAUAACCAAUACGGGCAAGGCCAUGUCCUUUGCAGGACAGCAGCGCAUGUGUGUCCGUGUGCCAUUGCUGCGUCUACAGCAUGAGGUUGAUGUGUAUCGUUGUCGGGCUGUAAAGGACACCGAGCAGACGUUACAAACUAUGGAGAAGGAGCGAACGGAGUAUCGCGCUGCAUUGUCUUGGAUGAAGCAUACGGCGAGUCAAGACAUGGACCCAGAUACAGGCAAAGGCUUGGAUAAGUUUCGCACAGCCCAGGCCCAUGUUCGUGCAGCGAAACAUAACUUUGAUAGCUACUCCAUGGAUUCCAUACAAAAGAUUGAUCUGCUGGCGGCCGCACGAUGUAAUAUGUAUUCCCAUGCUUUGGUGGCGUAUAUCGCGGGUCUCAAGAGCUUUGCACAGAAAGCUGCUUCCACUUUUCAAUCCAUUUCCAACUCCUUGGUGCUGAAGCCACAAUACAACUUCUGUGUGCUUAAAGAACUGUCACAGAAUGAAGGUGGAGCUGCGACGCCUACAGCGCCAAUAGAACCCAUAGAGACGGUGGAUAAGGAUCAAACGCUUUUCUUUGCAGAGGACUAUCAGGACAAACCCAAGGCAGACGCGUCUACUGAGUCUAACUCUGCUGUGGAGCAGGAAAAGAAUGACGCUGUCGCUACAUCUAACGAAUCAUUACUCAUAGAGCUGUCCAAGCAGCUGGAAGAGAGUGUAGACACGCCGCUACUACUGGAAACUGAAGCUGACUUAAUGGACAACACCAGCAGUAGCAACAAUUUCUGGGCACGCAUGUUCAACCAACAACAACAGACGGCGCUGCCACAAUUAAGCAGCAACGCUACCGCUACCACGCCCACAGCUGCAACACCAGCGCCAGCUGCUGGCAAAAAUGCCAACAGUAACAAUCCAUGGUUUGAGCUAUUUGCUGAUCUUGAUCCCUUGGCUAACCCACAAGCAUUUGAUCUGAAGCUAAGUGGCGGACGACGUGUGGCAGAGCAGACAUAAAAUUUGCAUAAAACUAUAGCUAGCUAUAUAAAUUUUGUUCUUUAACUUUUCACACACACAUACGCAGGUUUGUGCAUAAAUGUC